AUGUCGGAACACCAUCUCGAUGCUCUGGUCGUUGGCACCGGCUUCGCCGGCAUAUACGCCCUCCGAUCCCUUCUCCAACUCGGCCUCAAUGUCAAGGCCAUCGACGCUGCCAGCGACGUCGGCGGCACCUGGUACUGGAGCCGGUAUCCCGGCGCCAGGAGCGAUACCUGGUCGCAUCUGUACCGCUACUCGUUCGACACAGAGUACCCGCUCAAGCGGCGGUACGUCACGCAGCCCGAGGUGCUAGCCUACCUGCAGCACAUCGCAGACACGCACGACCUACGCCCACACAUGAAGUUCAACACGCACAUGACAAGCGCCACAUGGGAUGAGGCCACAAGCACCUGGCGCAUCGUCUGCAAGACCGGCGACGUCUUCCACGCGCGAUACCUCCUGACGGCACUUGGCCUGCUCACCCGGGCGAACUACCCAGACAUCCCGGGGCAACGGACCUUCAAGGGCGAGAUCCGACACACCUCCGCCUGGAGCCCCGAGCUCGAUCUCCGGGGUAAACGCGUGGGCCUCGUCGGCGUCGGCUCCUCGGGCGUGCAGAUCGUCUCCGCCAUCGCGGACGCCGUCAAAUCGCUCCACGUCUUCAUCCGCCACCCACAGUACGUCGUCCCCAGCGGCGACCGCGAGCUCACACCGUCCGAGCGCGAGGAGAUCGCCCGCACCUACCCCAAGCUCUGGGCGGAGGCGCGCACCUCGGCGCUCGCGCUCGGCUUCCCCGAGCUCGGGCGGCAGGCCAUGGCGCUCUCCCCCGCGGACCGCGAGGAAGCCUUCGAGCUCCUCUGGCAGGCCGGGAGCGGGCUGCAGUUCCUCUUCGGCGGGUUCUCGGAUCUGGUGACGGACCCGGCCGCCAACGAGGCAGCGUGCAAGUUCCUGCGGCGCAAAAUCGCGGAGAUCGUGACGGAUCCGCAGAAGCGCGCGGCGCUGAUGCCGACGGAGCUGUUUGCGCGUCGGCCGCCGUGCGCGAACGGGUACUACGAGCAGUUCAACCGGGAGAACGUCUUCGCGGUGGAUGUCAAGGCGCAUCCGAUCACGGGGGUCGAGGAGGCGGGGAUCCGCACCGCGGACGACAAGCUGCAUGAGCUGGAUGUGAUUAUCUUUGCGACGGGAUACGACGCCAUGGACGGCGCGUAUGUGCGGCUGGACAUCCAGGGCCGUAAUCCCAGCGACAGCCUCCGCGAGCGCUGGAAGACCGCGGGCCCCGCGAGCUACCUGGGCAUGUCUGUGCCCGACUUUCCGAAUCUGCUGAUGAUCAAUGGGCCGCUGACGCCGUUUGCUAAUAUCCCUCCCAUCUCGGAGGAGAAUGUCCGUUUCAUCGUGGAUCUGAUCAAACAGGCGGAGGAAGUGAGCCGGCUAGAGAACCGCCCAUGCCUGAUUGAAGCGACGGAGGAAGCGCAGCGUGAAUGGGGGGAGCACUGUGACCAAAUCUCAGACGGGUUGCUGCUUAGGCUAGUUCCCCAGUGGCUAUUCGGCCAGAAUGUGCCUGGCAAAGCUACUUCGACCUUAUUUUAUCUCGGAGGGGUGGGACGGUUUCGGGCUUUCCUUGCGGAUGUCAAGGCCCGCGGGUUUGCGGGCUUCAAGGGUCUUCUAGGGGAGGUAGCCGAGGAACCCCGGGCAAAUCUAUGA